UGGGGCGAGAGAUCAGGAGAAGAGUAGAGCUAAAUGUGGCUUGAUUGUGUUCCAGAUUUGGGACCUUCAGUCGGUGUGAGAUUGGAUCUAGGGUUUCGUGGUCCUGUAUCCUCGCAAGUACAUAUGGAGAUGUAGCUGGAACGAAACGAAUGGGUGGUGCAGGAAUGACAGCUUUCAAUAUGGUACUCUUCAUUCAUGCUCCAGUUAAAUGCAGCAACACCAGAAGCAUGUUCCAUGUGAGCAGGCAUUUUUUCAGCACCAUGCACUAAUUGCUAGCGUUGAAUGACGCAAUUCUGGAGCAAAGAAAUGAUACCUUAUUCUCCUUUAUGGAGGAGCUCAUGGAUAACCCGAUGGAGAUAUCUUAUGCAACAUCGAGCAAUCUUGAUCUUCCGGACUCUGACAUCGGCACCACUGUCCGGCAGGCGAAGGCAAUGGCUCUCGAGCACCGGGCAAUGCAACCUAAUCAAGUGCCUUCGUCGGCCAAUCUCUUCUGGCAGUGGCGAUCAAAGAUCAGCAGAAUGUCCACUGUGGAGUGGAUGGAGAUGAUGUUGCCAUGCACACGGUGGAUCAGGACCUAUCAAUGGAGUGAGUAUACGCAAGUGGACAUCAUUGCCGGGAUUACUGUGGGCAUCAUGCUUGUCCCUCAGGCAAUGUCAUACGCGAAGCUUGCUGGGCUUCAUCCAAUUUAUGGGCUUUAUUCUGGUUUUGUUCCGAUAUUUGUAUAUGCUAUAUUUGGGUCAUCCCGUCAACUUGCUAUUGGUCCUGUGACCUUGGUAUCUCUCUUGGUGUCCAAUGUCUUGAGUGGGAUUGUUGAUCCUUCUGAUGAGUUGUACACAGAGCUUGCUAUAUUAUUAGCCUUCAUGGUUGGUGCAUUGGAAUGUAUAAUGGGGCUUUUAAGGCUUGGAUGGCUUCUUCGGUUCAUUAGCCAUUCCGUAAUUUCUGGUUUUGUUACUUCUUCAGCCAUUGUGAUUGCAUUGUCUCAGGCCAAGUACUUUUUAGGAUAUAACAUAGAAAGGAGCAGCAAGAUUGUACCGCUUGCAAAAAGCAUAAUUGCCGGUGCUGAAAAUUUUUCUUGGCCUCCUUUUGUAAUGGGAUCUACUAUUCUCGCAAUUAUUCUCCUUACGAAGUACCUGGGCAGAACAAAAAAGAACUUUAGAUAUCUACGAGCAUCAGGACCACUUACUGCAGUGAUAUUGGGCACAACAUUUGUGAAGAUAUUUCAUCCAUCUUCAAUAGCUGUGGUGGGUGAAAUUCCUCAAGGCCUUCCAAAGUUCCACAUUCCUAGAGAAUUUCAGCACGCACGACAUCUGAUAUCAACUGCAAUUGUCAUUACCGGUGUGGCUAUUUUGGAAUCUGUGGGGAUUGCCAAAGCUUUGGCCGCAAAAAAUGGGUAUGAAUUGGACUCAAAUCAAGAGUUAUUUGGCCUUGGCAUGGCAAACAUCUUUGGCUCAUUCUUCUCUGCAUAUCCAGCAACAGGUUCGUUUUCUAGGUCUGCUGUAAAUCAUGAGAGUGGGGCCAAGACUGGGUUAUCUGGAAUUAUGACGGGGUGCACAAUGGGAUGUGCUCUUUAUUUCUUAACGCCGAUGUUUAGAGAUAUACCCCAGUGUGCGCUGGCUGCCAUUGUGAUUUCAGUUGGAAUGAGUCUUGUUGAUUAUGAGGAAGCCUCGUUUUUGUGGCGCGUAGACAAGAAAGAUUUUCUUCUCUGGAUCAUCACUUGCAUCACAACAUUAUUCCUCGGCAUUGAGAUUGGUGUCCUUGUUGGUGUUAGCGCUUCCCUUGCAUUUGUCAUUCAUGAAUCUGCAAACCCAUAUAUUGCUGUUCUUGGUCGGCUUCCUGGAACUACUGUGUAUAGAAACAUUGAACAGUACCCUGAAGCAUAUGUAUACACUGGAAUUGUUGUCGUUCGAAUUGAUGCCCCUAUUUAUUUUGCAAAUAUCAGUUACAUCAAGGACAGGCUGCGAGAGUACGAACUCAUUGUCUCAGGAACCACAAAUCAUGGGGAAGAAGCUGAAAGAAUUUAUUUUGUUAUCAUUGAGAUGGCACCUGUUCCUUAUAUAGACUGCAGUGCUGUCCAAGCUCUCAAGGAUUUGCAUCAAGAAUACAAAUCUCGUGAGAUACAGAUUGCUAUUUCAAAUCCAAACAAGAAAGUUUUGCUCACUCUCUCGAGGGCCGGGCUCAUUGAACUCAUUGGCAAAAGAUGGUAUUUCGUUAGUGUCCAUGAUGCUGUUAAAGCUUGCCUCCAGCAAAUGCAGAGCUUUUAUGGUCCUUUGCCAAGUGUUAGAGAUGCCAUAUCUAGACAACAACAGCAAGGGUUCACUCAAAAGUUAUGGAAGCAAGAAGAUGGUGAAUCAAAAUCUGAUCAAGAACCACUUUUGCCCCCAAGAGAGGUUUGAGACUUUCAAUUGAUGUCCAUGUAUCAUUCAUUUGAAUACUAUUAUAAGAGUAUAAACAAUACCAUAUGCUAUCGGUAUUCUUAUGAAAAUAAGUGGAAUUCAUGCCAUUUGAAUGAUAUUCUUCCCUGCUGGCGAUAAAAGAGUUAGUCCUUGAACAAUUAUGUAAGCAGAUUGUGCCUCAAUAAAUUCCUUUUUUGUGUUA